AUGCUCCAAGAGGAGCUCGACCAGCUGCAACAGACCCACGAAGACGAGUACUUUAUCCUCCAGCACGAAGAAGCACAUGAAGACAAAGCAGCGUAUGUACCGCCUCCAACGUCGUCACCGGCUACUACUGCCAAGGACCCCGCGGGCCUCUCGCUCGAAGCGCGGCUCCAAGCGCUUCGAAUGCUCGCGCCACCAACCCCGCCGUCGCAGCCAACGCUCACAAGCGCGGCACUGGACAGCCAUGCGCGUGCCAAGGCCAUGGACGCGCUCAAGAUGCCGGCGAAGCCGAGUCGCGCCGCGUUACCGCCAGCGCCACUGCCGCCAUCGACAACAUACCCUACGGCAGAUACCACCGCGCCGACACCUAUAUCCGCCAUGUCGUCUCGUCGCCACUCGCUCGAGAACCGAACACUCCUGCUCCAAAACGAAGUGCGCGAGCUUUCGAUUCCAGCCAACUUGAUUCAAGACUUCAUUCGGAUCGCUGACCCCAAUACGCGCAAGCCGCCGUACGGCAUUGAGACGUGCGGCAUCCUCACGGGCACGCUCACGGGUUCCAAGCUCGCGAUCUCGACGCUCGUCAUACCCAAGCAGACCGGUUCGUCCGACAUGUGCACUAUGACGCACGAAGAAGAGCUCUUUGAGUACUGCAUCGCGAACGACCUCCUCACGCUUGGCUGGAUCCAUACGCAUCCGUCCCAAACGUGCUUUCUCUCGUCCGUGGACAUUCACACGCAGUGCGGGUUCCAGUCGAUGCUGGCCGAGGCCAUUGCGAUCGUCGUCGCGCCCCGGGACGCGCAAAAGAGCAUCGGCGUCUUUCGACUCACGUCGCCGCAUGGCAUGGAGCUCAUCCAAAACUGCAGCCUCUCGGGCUUCCACGAGCACCCGAGCCACCUCGAGAUUUACUCGGACGCGAUGCAGAUCGUGUGGUCGCGGUCGGCCACCGCGCAAGUCGUCGACAUGCGAUACACAUAG